AUGCUUGAUUGGAAUUUUGAUGCCUCUCCACUCCGGGGAUGGUUGAAAUGUAAUCAUACCUUGAUUGGAGAACUCCAUAGCUUUGAUCAUUUAGAAAAGGCCCCAUAUUCUUUUAAGAAUAAUGAUGGAUCCAAUUGUGACAUAAAAUACUUCGGAGGAUUGAAUAUAGGGGUUCGGUUCAUGAAUGAAGCAAGUAGGAAUGCUUUCAUGAAUGAAUGGACGGAAUGGUUUAGUAAAGUGGACAGUGGUGACAUAGCUACAACUAAUUUUGAUAGAAUUGCGUGGAUUAAGAUUUCGGGACUCCCACUGGAAUUGUGGUCAGAAGAAAACUUCACAGUGAUUGCAGAGUCAUUGGGUAGGGUAAUUGUUUCGUUUGUGGUAGACCCAUCUGCUGUGAACCUAUCUUUUGGUAAAGUGGGGAUCCUAACUGAAUAUCCUUCAUCUAUAUCCAGAGAACCAUUUGUGGAAGUUAAUGGAAAAAUAAUAAAGAUUAGAAUUUCGGAAGUCGAUUUUGAUUGGGUCCCAUUCAAAUCCAAGACGGAGAAUUUCUCAUCAGAUGAUGAAGAAGACGAGGACGCGGAUGAAGAUGAUGAGGAGGAAUAUAUAUCCGAUACGGUCCCGAUGGAUGAUAAUGACGUGGGUCUAGAGGAAGGGGAGUUCAGAAUCUCGGAAGUCGACGUAGUCAAAGAAUCCAGUAUGGGGAGCUCGGAAUCAAACCCACCUAUAGAUUCCCGGUCACCGGAGGUGAUGUCGUCGCCGGUUGACGGUGCAAUUAAUGAAGAUGAUCGGGGAAAUGGAAACGACAUUCGUGGGGAUUGCCAAAAGUCAGUCAUAGGCAUGGAGGAGCAUGGGAAUUCACAGAGAGAAGUGGAAAGUUUAAAUAAUAAUGAAAGAUCAAAAAAUAAUAAUGAGAGCAAUAAUGAUGUGGUACAUGCAGCACUUCUUAGCCAUAAUGUGGAGAAUAACAACGUGGGGCCAAAUAAUAGAAUGGUUAAUGGACUCCCGUAUAACCUAGAUAUUUCUGGAUGUUUUGGGCCUUUUCCAAACAACUUGGGCUUAAUUGAAAACCAAACGGACGUCAAUUUUGAUAGUGCACAUGAUAAACGUAGGAGAACGGUAAGGAACACAGAAGGAACCCCAGUUGACGUGUUAGAUUUCCCCCCACCUCAACCAAACAUCGACCUAAAUUGUAUGUCGAUCCCUUCUCAGAUCCUGCUCCCGGAUUCCAACACUGACUCACCAUCCCCGUCGAUGGAAAUUAGAAACACGGUGGUAAUUGGCAAUAUGUUAGGUUUUGAUGUGGAUGAAGAGAAUCCGAUGCUUAAAGAAGUUUUUGGUGAAGCAGAUGAGAAUAACACUUUCCGAUGA